CAGUGUUACCUUCUUUUGCUACUUGGGUCCACACUGUUCGUAGAUAAGAGUAAGGACCGCGUUUCUGCUGUUGUCAACUUGUUUGUGAAGAGGCCGGAUAUGCUAGGAGAGUAUGCGUGGGGGGCAGGAGCACUUGCUUAUCUGUACAGGCAGCUUGGUAUUGCCUCCCGGGAGGAGGCUAAGGGAGUGGCGGGUUGUCUGACUUUACUACAGUGUUGGAUUUACGACCACUUUCCUACUUUGAGGCCUAGUCGGUUGGAGCCACGAGAGCUGGAGCGGGGGCAGGCAGGAGCAUUCAGGUGGCGCGGUACAGCACCCCGGUCGAGUAAGAAGAGGGAUGCACAGAUGCUGGCUUAUUAUCGGCAGGCGAUUGAUAGUUUGACCCCUCAGUUAGUUAGUUGGACUCCGUAUGGUCGGCGUCCUCAUCUGACGGUGAGACGUACCUUGUAUCAGGGCCUGCUCAGAUUUGCAGAGAUAGCAGAAUAUUAUGAUCCCACUUGGUGCCUCCGACAGUUAGGCUACGUGCAGGGUGUACCGUAUCCACCGGAGCGUCCGCUUGUUGUGCGUUGA